UUUUUUUGAAGUUAUUUCGUGAAAUUUUGCAAUAGCAGUUGUCAUUAUGAUCCUCGGCGCUGGAAAAUUUCGUUCAGUACUUAGUAGAGCUGCUCCCCUGCAAACCCAUCGAGCUUUGACGCUGAAAUUGAGGAUGAACCAAAAUUCUACAGAACAUAAGGCUUCCAAAUUCAAUCAUCAAUCGCGCGUCCAUGAGUUUCAAAAGGUUAUGGGCACAGACCAUUCUGGUGGUUGGGACAUAUGCUGGGAGCACGGUCUAACACCAUGGGACUUGGGACAACCAACGCCUCUGAUUAGCCAUCUCUGUGCAACAGGAGCUCUUCCAAAUGGUCGUGUACUUGUGCCUGGAUGUGGAAGUGGCUAUGAUGUUGUACAAAUGGCAUGUGCUGAACGCUAUGUUGUUGGAUUGGACAUAUCAGACAAUGCCAUUCAAAAGGCAAUAGAGCUAUCUUCCUCAUCACCAAAUAUGAGACACUGUACCUUCUUAAGGGAAGAUUUUUUCAGUUGGAGACCUAAGGAAUUAUUUGAUCUGAUUUUUGAUUAUACGUUUUUUUGUGCUAUUGAACCUGUCAUGAGACAAGUUUGGGGACAACAGAUUCAGAGACUAUUGAAACCAAAUGGAGAGCUCAUAACACUAAUGUUUCCAAUUGAUGAUGACCAUAGUGGUGGACCACCUUACAAAGUUUCAGUUUCAGAUUAUGAGGACGUGUUACAUCCAUUGGGCUUUAAGGCUGUACUGAUCAAGGACAAUGAACUCGCCAUCCCACCUCGCAAGGUGCUGAAUGUUCAAAAUAUGAUUGAAGUAAAUUUUGUGACAGGGACGAGAGAUGAUUGGAAGGUGGAAGAGGAGUUUAUCUCAACCUUCACUCUAACAUGUUUUUAGCCGCUCUUUUGAAGUUGAGGUUGGUUCCUUUGUCUUUUAGUUUAUUCUCCAUUUGAUCCUAAUCUUUUAAAAGUCUCAUCUACUCUUGGUAAGUGGUACAUCAAAAAUUUAAAAUUAGAUUCUUUUAUGUAAAAGAAGAAUACAAACAAAAUAUUAAGAUUAAGAUUGUGAGACUUGUAAUUGUAUCAAUUAAACCUCUAAAUUGUCACAAGUGAAUCGAUUUAUAACACCUUUUUAGUUUCCAAA